AUGGCAGACCCAAUAGGAGCGAAACCUGGCGGUAUUAUUACCCGCCCUCUAGACGCAAACGAGAAGUUUGUGAAAUGGGCAGCUACAUUAGGCGCACCUUAUGAUAAGACCCAUUUUGGAUUAUUCCAAGCUCAUCACUUGCGGCUUCCCUCAUACAUCAAAGACCCUGUGCCAUAUCUACAACGAACAUGGCUUGCGUUACGAGACCGACACCCCAAGUUUGGCGCUGUAUUCACGCCCUCAUCAGCUGGAGACGCCGUUACUACGGAUUUGGGACCAUAUGAUCAUGAUAACUGGCUUGAAAACACUUUUUUUGUUAAUAUAUCAAUUCCAGAAGCUCAUGCCCUUCUCUCGUCUUUAAAAUACACAGAAAUUCCUUUGUGUUAUUGGCUGCCUGUUUCACAGGAACUGGCCAUGUACAUACCGCAUUGGAUCACCGAUGGCACCGGGUUUCUCAUACUCGCACAUCGGUUUAUGACCAUUUUAGUGUCUGUUAUUAAUGAGGGACUAUCAAAAACAUUAGAUAGCUAUGCUAGUGAGCAAGUUUCUUACGAGACAAACGGUCCAAGCGGUGAUGAGUUGACUGGCUACGUGGAUGAUGAUUCUACAGAAGCAGCUCGUCUCAAAGAAAUUUCUCAGGAUUUGCUGGCACCUUUUUUGCAAGCUCUUCCUACUAUUGGAUUGCCUCUUAAACCAGACGGUAAGAGCGGCCUUCCUGGAAAUGCUAGCCACAUCGCCAUAUCUUUAGAGUCGGAAACAACUGCUGCAAUAGUUACCGAGUGUCAGAAACGCGGGAUUAGCGUCAACAGUGCUUUGCAUACCAGUUUGAUACGUAUCACCAGUCGCUUUGCCCAACACCCAGCCGCUCAAGCUUAUACGAGUGUCUUAUAUAUUAAUAUGAGACCCCACUUACCAAACCCUGGACCUACCCUUGGUGCCUCUUCUCUGGUUGCAGUGCUACCAAUAGCUGUCCGAGGCAUACUACCAGGAACAAAUGGCAAACCAGCAAAAGAUUGGGCAAAUCUUUCGGCAGAAUUAAACUCCAUUUACCGAAGUGUACCGGAGAAGAAGUACCAGCCGAGAGAUGGAAACUCACCGCAGAGUGUAAUCGACAUAAACGGACGCCUGACUAGAGAUGUUUUGACGGUUUUCAGCUCAUCACCGCCACCGGAGAUGCCCGACGUUCGACCUUUUGAUUAUAGUUCUAUUGGAUUGGUUGAAAAGUAUCUUCAGAGGGAUUAUGGCGUCGGUGACGAUAAAGGUCGAAUCGAAGUAUUAAAUGUGUGGAAGGCCAGUAUUAUUGCGACCCCAUCAGCAUUAUGCCAUGGCUAUACAUUCCGUGACAGGCUGGCAAUCUCAGUGGCGUAUAACGAUGGAUACUUCAGUAGAGAUUUUAUGAGGAAGAUCUUGCAGGAUAUCUUUAUUGACAUCAUGCACAAUUUGGAUAUUACUCUCUAA